AUGGAGGCUGCAUUAGCAGAGCUGGGCCGGCUGGCAGAGGAAGCAGAGGAGAGGGAGGAGUUCCAGCGGAAGUGCGAGGCGCAGUUGCGCGCCAUCCGUGGGGUGGGCUUGGGUGGGAGCUGCACAGCAAGUGAGAGAAUGAGUGCGGGGGAGACGCAGCGGUUUUAUGAGGGGGCUCUCAAUAGCUUCGGAAAGAUCGCGGAGAAGAGUGUUAACGAAGCGAGCAACAGUAGUCGGAAACGGACUUUUCAGCAGUACCAGGAGUUCCUCGCUCGUAAUGCCUUCGGCGUCACGGUCGAGACCGCUACUUCUGCGGAUGUGGGAGCGUUUGUUAUGGGGGACUGGAUCCCCAGCCAUAGUGCCGGGUGCCGGACCAAGCUGCCAGGGACAGGAAAAACCGUUCCGUCAGCUUCCGCGGUAACCCACGUGGUCAAGGACCUGUCGAAGUCCUACUCUCUCCUCGGCUACGAAGGGCGGAACAAUCCUGCGAAAGCGGAGGUGGUGAAAUCCUUUCGUGUGGGUUACGAAAAAUUGUUGCACGAGCAGGGGGUGAGAGUUCAGCGGGCGAAAGUCUUCACCGAGGUGAAGCUGGACGCUUUGCUAGCGCAUCUAGCGCGGCUUCUCCGAGAAAGUUCACCGGGCCUGGAACGGUGCGUGCUGCUGUCCGACCAAGCGGCUGUCUUGUACCUCUGGGAGACACUUGCGCGCGGGAAGGAGUGUGGGCAGCUGCAACGACGGCAAGUGGAGUUAGAGGAGCAGGCGGCCUACCCGGGUUGGAGUAAGACAGUCCGGCAGGAGCCGAGUGCGCGGAUUCCGCUUGCGGCGCCGGACUCGCAGGAUCGGCUGACCUUCGUGGAGGCUGCUGAGGCGCUGCUCCUCGGAAUGGUAGAAGCUGGGCAUGCGGUUGGCGAAGAAGGGUUCCUGUUCCGGGCCAUGAACAGAAGCCGGACCGGCUUCGUUAAUGAGCCGAUGAGCAGUGAUACACUUAGGAAAAGGCUGCAGAGGCGGCUUAAAGAAGCGGGGUUGUUCGAAGGUGAAACCGUGCACAGUUUCCGUCGGUCCGCUGUUCAGCACGCCGCGGUAAACCUGAACUACAACAUUAAGGAGUUGAUGGAGUUAGGCCGUUGGAAAUCUUAUUCCGCCUUCCGACUAUACGUAGAGGAAGUGUGGCGCAAAUAA